AUGGAUUUCCUCUCGUGUGCCGCUCACCGCGACCAAUUGGCAGGUAAAUUUGGAAUAUGGGGAAUUAUCGCGUUUUCAAAGACUCACGCACUCUCACAGAUCGAGCUCGAGUUCGAGAUCCACGGCGCCGGGAACUUGCAUGGCGAUGGCUUUGCGCUCUGGCUCACCAAGGAACGCGCGACCCAAGGCCCCGUCUUUGGAUCGACAGAUAGAUUCGAGGGUCUCGGUAUCUUCUUCGACACCUAUAAAAACAACCGUCCUGGCGUGUCGUUCCCUUACGUCAUGGCCAUGAUGGGUGACGGCCAGACCACAUAUGACCAGGCGCACGAUGGCAAGGCCAACGAGUUGGCUGGUUGCUCUGCUCGUGGUCUCCGUAGCGCCCCAAUUCCUACCAAAGCCCGUCUUACUUACUUCCAGGAUAAGUCUUUGUCUCUAGAGCUUCAGUACAAGACCGAAGACACAUGGACCGAAUGUUUCACCCUCAACGCUGAUGAAUCCAACAUUGCCAUUCCCUCAGUGGCCUACCUCGGUCUCUCUGCCGAGACCGGUGAGCUGAGUGACAACCACGACAUUAUCUCCCUCAAGGCCGAGAACCUCUACUCCCUGAACCGCAACAGCAACGGCGGAAAAGGCUCCUCUGACGGCCGGUCCAAGGGCCGUCCUGUCUCCCCCAAGGCUCCCAAGGAAGAAGGUAGCAGCUGGACUUGGACUUUCUUCAAGGUCAUCAUGUUCUUCGGCGCCAUUGUCGGUGCAUACUUUGGGUACACCAUCUACCGGACCAAAGCCCGGUCCUCGCGUUUCUAA